CCAUUACAUUACAUUAUUAAAUCGCUGCCCUACACUCACGGACGUAACGCGCGAGUCGGCGUCGGCGAACAGUGGACGAGUGCGGGUUUCUUGAUGACAACACGUCGCCGUUGUGAUUCUGGCCACGCGCAAGAGAUAGUGUGAUAGACGACGGCGACAAAGACGACGAAACACAUUCGGUCUGGUGUCUGGUGCUACAUCCCAGCAGCACUGGCAGCAUCAUCUCGCCGCAACUUGCCACACAUUAAGGCUAAACCCGUAACGAAGCGAUAGCGCAAGAUGGACGGGAUUGGCAACGGUCAAACAAGCGCUCCAAAUUCGCAAAUGCAGUGCCACUGACCAACAGGAACGCACACGCCAGUGACAGAGAGUGAAAGUUGUGCGAUGCGUUCUUAAAUCAUUCGUUAGUGCAAACAAAGAGCCGUAGCAGUAGCAGUCAACGACAUUUGGGCUUUGGUGACAUUCGAAAGCCCCUUGCCAGCUUCUUGCCUGGUCGUGCUGAUAUCAAGCGAUAUCGAAAAAAAAAUAGGGUGGUGUAGAAUUAUUGGUGAUAAGAGCGUGAUAAGCAACCCUGCUGUGCUGUGAUAAAAUCGAACACUUGUGCACUGAUGUGCGUAAAAUUUUUGACAGGUUCAAAGUGUUUGACGUUUCUAGUUGUUUGUAGUCUGUCUUACGGUACGGGAAACUCCAAUCCACACAAAAUUGAAAACAGGACGAAAGCUUUCGCUGAGGACGUUGCCUUGCGCUUGGACAGCUUGCAGUGGAAAGGUAUCCAAACCAGCACCAAACACCUACGACCCCCGGCCCGAGAAUCGAUUUCGUUCCACCACUAACGACGAACGAGGGGAAUCGCUAAUCGAUCGAUAAUGACAAAAUAACAACGGACGAGCGAAGUGCACGAACGCCCCUGCCGAACGGUUGUGGAACGGCUGAAAGGCACCUAAGGUCAAGGGCUUACGCGUCGAGAUUACGCCCGUAAAGUACGGCAAGGAGGUAAAGGAAACUGGAACACUAAACAAACGCGUCAGUAUCUCGCAAGAACGCGUCCAUCAAACGACGAGGAGGUGUGGGUUCUGUGUGGACGUUUCGUAAGCUGUGACACACUGAGCAACGGAAGCAAUGCCGGUCACAAGCAUGUGUUCUCGAAGUAGUAACGGCAGCAGUAGGACAACUUCUGCCAUGGUCCUUGGGGUAGUACUCGUGCUCCUAACGUUCGCCACGAAUCGAAGCCUUUGCAGUGUAGCACCACAUCCGGCCACUAUUAGCGUUACCUCCAGUGUACCCACAUCCAGUAGCAGUAGUAGCAGUAGCAGCAGCAACAGUAGUCCCGCUCCCAGCGAUAGCACCGACCGUUCACAUCCGCCCGAUGAACCGGAUGUUACCACGGCACGCACAACGCAACCACCGACCGGGACCGGGACGUCGCGCAAGGAUGCGUCGGCUCAGGGCGAACAGCCGCCCGAAGGUCAGAUACCGCUGGAACGGUUGCCCUCCAACACGCUGCUCAAGUACACCGCCUACAAGGACGUCUCGAUACUGCACUUUCGCAUACCGACCGACACCCGUACAGCCUUCUUUAGCUUUAAGGCGUACGAGGAAUCCAAAGGUGCCUUCCAGCGCAACUGCAAACCGAAUGAUAUUACGCUGCACCUGAAAGCGGGCAGCUAUCCGGUCAUCAGUCCGGAAAACAUCACAUUCCCCAAACACUUUCUGGACGCCGAGGAACGAUUCGAAAUCCACAGCCUACAGUUCAAGUCGGACAGCACAACGCGCCGGCUAAGCAUCGAAGGUCCGCAUCCGGGCAACUGGUUCGCCGUGGCAUUCAUCAGCUGGACCGAUCCGAACAACGAGCGAAUCGAGCAGCAAGGUCUUGCUGCAUCGUGCGAAACGUUGCUAAUGUCGGAGAUGUCCGUCGCGAACGCACAGCCCCAGAUGCUUAACGUGGAUGUGCGGUACGAGGGAACGCUUGCCGCGGACCAGCCGGAACCCAAGUCCUUCAAGUUUUUCGUCCCGAGCAACGUGUCGAUCGUUACGUGGCGCUUUACCAUCACGCAGCCCUGUGCGAACUGUACCGACGUUAGCUUCCAUGUGCAGGCGAGCGCCCUGCCGACGGCCCGCAACUAUCUCCAGAAUGCCAUCAUCUGUCCGAACCAAACGGGUGACGUCAGCAUCGAUUUCUAUCCUCACGAAAGUGCCUGGCAUUACGUGGAUAUGGACUUUAUGCGUGAGAAUCCACCGACCAGCAGCGGUACGAUUGUGGCCGGACUUCACGCCAACGAAACGAUCGUCACGUCGGACGCCACAAAUCAAACACGGGAGGAACGACAGCGGGACAGUCCGCCAACGAGCGUUCCCGAUCCGCAGAGCUUAGCGUACACGGUGGAGCUGAUCUACCAUGCGCAUGAGGCUGCCCCAGAUGCCGCGUCUACGAUGACUCCGUCCACCGAGGAAACGACGCGCGAAAGUGUCGACUCUUCGGAUGAAAGUGAUACGCUGACAGCGGACACCAAGUCACUGCCGAAUCGAAGCUUCGACCGCUACCCGGUACUGCGGCAGACGUACCGCGAGUUCUUCAUGUUCGACUACGACCUGCUGCCGGACGUGAACGGUACGGUGCCGGUGACGCUCAACCUCACUGCCGGCAUCCCUGCCCUGAUGAAGUUCGACGUGAACGAUGUGUACGACAUCGGGGGUACGCUGAGCUUUGCCGUUGCGAUGCGGCAAGAUCUGAAGGGCAGCCUGAUCGAUGCACGGCACGAGUCGACCAACGAGCAUGCGGGCGUUGUGGCCGAGAAGCUGGUCGACAUACAGGAGGAGUUCGUGCCGGAACUGCCAGCAGCAAUGACAACCACCACGACCACCACUACGUCCACCACCACGACGACGACCACGGUAGUAGCACCGAGCAGCACUACCGAGGCGGAGGACAAGGCAAAGCAGUCUGCCGGCAAGGCUAACCAAACGGUUAUCGUGUGUCUGAGACUGGAAGAGCCGGGCAUUCCUACCUGGCCCGACAAGUGUGUGUACGGACGGCACAUCUAUCCAGCCGCCAUCGUCAUCAACAACACGGAUGCGGAUACGAACACCGGGCUCGUGCACGUCCCAUUCCCCGAACCGGGCAGUUGGUACGUUACGCUGGGACUGUUCUGUCACGGAUCGGAGGCAACGGCACGAUCGACAAUCAUCGACAGCGUGAAGGACUUUGUACGCUCGUACCGUUCCACGCUGGAGACGAUGCGGUCACCGUGUUCGUGCACCGAUCGACUAAGCUACUAUCGCAGCUGUCUAGCGGAUGACGCUUGCCUAAGUUCGCUCAACGAGACGGAAACGCUCAAGAUCAAGGAGUGCAUCAUGGAUGCCAAAUGUACCGGGAGUCGAUCGGAUGAGAUGGCACGCAAGUUCGAGCAGCACCACAAGUACGCCACGGAACAGAGCGUGCAAGGCGGAGUCGCCGACAGUACGUGUAAUUCCAGCGUAGUCUUCACCAUCUCGUCGAGUCCGUGUGUGGCCGGACGGUGUGGACGAUUCGGCCGCUGCUAUCACUACAUGUCCGGUGGGUUCGUGUUUUCCACGUGUCUGUGUCUGCGGAACUACCGCGGCUGGGACUGUACCGAAGACUCGCAGGUACCGUCGAGUGCUUCGAUCCUGCUCGCCUCCCUGAUGCUGACGCUCUCCAACCUCCUCUUUCUGCCGAGCAUCUUUUACGCCGUCAAGCGCGGCUACCACAGUGAAGCGAUCAUCUACUUCUUCGCCAUGUUCUUCUCGGCGUUCUAUCAUGCGUGCGAUUCGGGCGAGGAGGAGUUUAGCUUCUGUCUGGUGAAGAUAGGUGUCCUGCAGUUCUGUGACUUUUACUGCGGUCUGCUCGCCAUCUGGGUCACGCUGAUCGCCAUGUCCAACAUACGGCACCAGUUCGUGUCGCUACUGCACAUGCUCGGUGCGAUCCUGCUCGCGUUCGGCACGGAGCUGAACAAGCAAUCGCUCUGGGUGUUUCUGGCACCGGCCCUCACCGGCAUCUGUCUCAUCUCGGUCAGCUGGGGAUUACGCUGCCGGAAGACGAAGCGAUGCUUCCCGGCACGUAGCUACCUGGCGCUGUACCUCCCGAUCGGCAGCGUGCUCGUCAUGGUGGGGCUGGUCUGUUUUGCCUUCCUUCAGACGAAGCAAAACUACCACAUCGUACACUCGAUCUGGCACAUGGUGAUGGCGCUCAGCAUCCUGUGCCUGCUGCCGGACCGCAAAACGUUCCACCCGAAGUGCUAGCAUACGGUGAGAAUCUACCUGCUCAACUCGGGCUCACC